UUGACAUUUCAGAGGAACUCAAUGGAAUCAAAACUGCAGCAAAAGAAAACAUUAUUUGAUGAGGAGAAAAACACGCUAAUUGAGGACAAGAAAGAGCUUCAAUUAAAACUUGAAAAUGAGCAAAAGGAGAAAGCUGUGAAAUCGAACCAGCUAAUGGUCAGGAUAAAGGAUUUAGAAGAGAAACUCCGCAGAACAGAAGAAGCGUUGGAGCAACAAUCAGACCAAAACGACUGCAAUAAAAGCAACCUGGCAAAAUUUCAUCAGGAAACAACAGCCAAAGACCAAGAACUAUCAAAACUGGAAGGAAAUCUGGAAGAAGCAAGGAAAAGUUUGAAGCAACUGGAGAAAGAAAAUAUGGCACUGAAAAUGGCGAAAAUUGAGUUAGAGCAAAGAUGCUCGGAAAUGGAGAGUUUACAGGAAAAAAACGAAUCAACACGAGCUGAAGCGACCAAUCGAUCUAGACUAUUGAAAGACCAAAAUACCAUGUGCCUAGCCGAAAACGCCAGACUCCGAAACGAUCUAAACGUCUCAAAACAAGCACGGAGAGACUUAGAAAAUCUAAUAGACUCGAAAAAUGACCACAUACAAUCACUCGAGUUGCAAAUUCAGAAACUGGAAAAUCAAAUUUCUCAGUCGAAGAGAGAAAUUCUGAAUAAAAACGAAGACUUGAGAUGCAAAAUAAACGAACUGAAUCAGUUCAUAACUAGAAAAUCGGUCAUUCACUCUGAAAUGGGAACAAUAACCAGAAAACUACAAGAGGUCAAAGUUCAAAUCUUGGUUCGGAAUGACAUCGAAGUGAAAGACGAAGAAAUAGCGCUGCAAACUUUCGAGGAAAAAGUUGCUGUUUUUGAUUUGAUUGACAAAGAAAUAGAUCGAAUUAGUCUACAAAAAAGUCUUCUGGAAUCGAAAGCGAAAGAUUUAGUCAAAGAAGCCGAUGAAAAAGACAAAAACGUAGAGAAACUGGAAGAAAUCAUCAAAGAUAAAAUCAUAAUUGAGGUCGAAAAAGACGAAAAGAUUAAAUAUUUAGAAGAUGCCAAAAAAGAUUUGACAAAAAGUCAAACUGAUCUGCAAAUUGAGGUUGAUGAGUGUCGGGAAAAUAUUAAAAAGUUGCAGCAUCGGGGGGAGUUUUUGAGUGAAAAGGUUCGAGAGAUGGAGAAGGGGGAGAUCGAAAAAAUGGCUGAGUACAAUGCAAAGGUCAAAGAAAUCGGCAAGGAGAACGUGACGCUCAGCUUUGAUUUGGAGAAAAGCAGAAAAGAAGUGGAAGAGGCGAAGAGAGGUCAGAGUAGUGAGUGUGAACAACUGGAGAGACAGAUGAAAAACGAGAAAGACAGUCAUGAGUCGCUUCAGAAGAGACACGUGAACAUUCUGCGACUUCUGCACGAGGAGAGCGAAAAAGUGGACGAAUUGACAGUUGAGAAAACGAGACUCAGCAGAGAACUUGAAAAAGUCAAGCUGGACCUGAAGGAGCAAAAACAGAUACUUCGAGAUCAGAAUAAGCCUCUGAAGUUUGCGUCCAUGGACAAACGCAACUCGGAGGCGUUAAGUUUCUUCGAACAUCAUCCGAUUGAUUUUGAGUCGGACCAGUUAAUCAAAAAAAGCAAAUACCCUAAGAGCAGUAGGGAAACAGAGGCAGCUGAUACAGUAUGGAACUAUUGGCCGCUGGACCAAAACUACUGGAACAUCGAGAUAUCUGACGAUGAUGCGAAAUGGAUUCACCAGCAAAAAUCCAUAGUUGACUGCAGUCAUUUGCCACUGAUUGGAAGUGGACACUCAAGCCAAUCAUGUCCCACUUGUGGACAUUCAGAAGAGAAAUUAGACAGCAAGCUCCCUAAGUCAUACAACUCCAGAGUCCGUGAAAUGACUCAAAAUUUAAUGGACGAGAGGAAAUUCAUCACUCUGAGCUCUGCACUUCACCUGGAACCAGUGCCAGUGAAACUGAGAAAGUCUGGAUGGUACUAAAACUUCACGGGGCAUAUUAGUAUCGACUUAUAUUUGACACAGGAUACUGAUUAAGUGCACCAAAAUUACAAUAAAAAAUUUCUUGUAAUUAUUCAUUUUAUUCGAUAAAUUGGGUUGCCAUACAAUUAAA